AUGAAGACGGUAUUCGUGCCCUCUCCGUUGCCAGCAUCCUUGAUGUCGGCACCCUUGACCACGCCUGCCUCCCUCACGCGGCUACGGACAUGUCUUGCCAUUGGAUGUGGGGUGGGGCUACUUCUCUAUGCCGGCGCUGUACUGCGACGCCACCUCGCCUCUCCGCGACCGCCGCCUCGGGUCACAUGCCCGAUGGCGGACAACACCAUUGCGCUGCUACGACAUCUACACGAUGGCCCGUUUCGCUUUGGGGACCCAACCCCAUUCGCCAUGGCGGCGCGCGCAGAGGCGACACGCCGCAUUCGUCGUCAGCAGCGGGAGCGCCGACAGUUGCGGCGGCGCAUGCGGUCGCAGUUGCAUCCCACGAAGAGUUCUCACCACCAGCCCACGCGGCAUUCUGCAGGAGCCGCUGAAGCCUCCGUGGCUAUCAGCAACGUCUUCGAGACCACCAACCAGAAGGCUGGUCUUUCCGUUCCCAUGAACCCAUCACCAGCGCAGCAGGAGCAGCAUGUCCCAGGCAGCGAGCGCACGUCCAGCGGCGCCGCUACGGCGACUGUGGCGAAGGAUCGAGGCGACCGCACUGCGGCAGCGGUGUUGUCAAGACGAGCACGCGGCACGCUGCCCACUACGAUGAGUGGCGGGCUGACCUCUGCCAGCGCCGUCGCUUCGUUUUGCGCUGUCGAGUCCGAUGCUGACGACAAUGACCAACGCGAGGGCGACGGCUACAAUGAGGGCACGUAUGCUACCAACGUACGACUGGUGGCGAAGAGGGACGGGGCCAGUAAGAUGACGUCGAGCGAAGCGUUGCUGCUCUCGUCGUCGUUGUCGAUGGGCCGUUCCUGCGACUCAGACUACUCCGACUCGCAGAGUACCAGUACCAGCACCACCAGCGGCAGCAGCUACGACUCGCGAAUCAGCACUCCGUCGUUCGUGCAGUCGGAGGCGUCGUCUGAAGCCUCGCACGAUAGUGCGGGGUCUCUGUUGGUCAUGACGACAGGCUCUGUGAUGAGCCCCGACGGCAUCCCAUGGGUGAAAGCCACGCUCGACAAUGGCAAUGUCCGCGGCGGCGACCCUCGUGCCUCCCACAACGUACCGCAGAUAACUCAGCAACACAGCCAACGCCACCACAGCCCGCCAGCGUCGAGCAAUCCAGCCGGAAGCUACAGCAACCUCUCGCAGCACAUUGUGUUCGGAUCGAAUUCUAACCCGCAACUGUCCUCGUAUCCACACUCUAUGACCGGCGCAAUGGCUGCACAAGGGAGCCGCUACCCGGUCCAGCCGCUGUGGUUUGGCAUCUCCUCACCGGCCACCAGCAUGCACGCAUUCGGUGGGACGACGCAGCUGGGAGCGAACACGACCCCCUCGCGUACCUUCGGCGGCAGUAACAGCCGCCGCUCCCCGGAGGUAGCGUACGCGACGACCUCUGUCACCAUGCCCGGGGUGGUGCCAUCGCUGCUGGCCGGUGGGGGGGGCGACGAAGAGCUGCAUCGAUAUGUGGCGUCUGCCUGCAUGUAUGGGCCGCCGCUGUUUUCGACCGAGAUGGACGUCACGGACGCGCUGGCGGAGCUGCGCAGCUCCGCAUGCUGCAGUGGGGACCGAUAUGGGAACAGCUGCCUUGGGGGCGGGGCCUCCAGCACAACAAACACUGCCUCUUCUCCCUGCAUGAGCGCGACCGUCACUAGCAGCGGCGGUGGCAUCAUGGCCCUUAUAGGCUCCUCGAUGAAUGCGACCUCUUUCCAGCAGCAGCAACUAGGGAUGUCGUCGUCUUUGGUGCACCACCGUUCUCAUCACCACCACCAUCCGCCGCAGGCGAGUUAUGGCCAUCACGCUUCGGCUCACCUGCGAGGCCAGAGCUACUUCUCGGGCACGUCGAUAGACAUGGUCAGUGCAAGCGCUACAGUCCCCAUGCUCGCUCGACGCGCAGUGCACUACCCAAGCGGUGGCGGUGGCAGUAGUCGUAGCCAGCCGCUGCAACAGAGCCACUACCGGCGCAGUAGCAGCGGCUGUCAUCGCGUUUCCUCGCGUACUAGCUUUCGACGCAGCGUGAACGGGUCGCCUGUUAGCUCGCAGUUGUUGCCUGAGGCGUUGUCGGUCGUGUCGCCUGGCUACGCCAGCGACGGUGCAACUGGCGAGAGUACCGCUAGCGCAGCGAACGAUUCUUUCAUGAAUGCCUUCACUGCAACUCCCAUUUCGCCAUCGUCGUCAAUCCUGCGCCGCUCCAUGGCGGACGACGGGCGCGCACACCACUCAUCAGGACACGGUAAAGCUCAUAGCAACGCCAGCCGCUUCUUCCGCUCCAUGAACUCCGUCUUGCGCUACCUAGGUCUUUACAGACGACACCGCGGCGGUGGGCGGCUGCGCCGGUGGUGUCGCAGAUGCCGGCGACAGGUACGCCGUCGUGUGACCGUCAGUUGCGCGACAAUCAAGUUUUGCGUGAGGCACGUAUGGCUCGCGAUGCGAUGCAGCUGGCAUGCUCUCGACAGAGCGUGCGUGCGAGGAUGGCGCUGGAUCCAGCGUCGCUGGCGAGAGAGUACCUCCGCCGCGUCUGCCCAGGUGCUGGCGAUUCUGCAUCGACCAUCGUGGUCCUUGGCAAGGUCGGACGCGAUGGCAGCUGCUGAUGGAGGCUGCACCGCGGCUGUUCCGGCGCUGUCGAGUGAAAAGGACGGGAGUACUCCGACGCAUGUUUCCCCAGGUGUCGACGCCGCAACGGAUGCGGCGGCGGCGGCGGAGGCCAGGCGUGGCGGUCUUUUAAUGACGGACACGGCUGACGAGGCCAUUAACAAGAUCGUGCAGCUGCUGGAGCCGACACCCGGGCGUGUGCCAACGGUGGCUGUCAUUCGCGCCCCUCUCGGCUACGACGUAUCAACUGAUGCGGCGAGUCUCUGGAAGGCGCUCCACUUCGACAGCAGCUCGUCCGAAGAAGGCCUGAUCGACAUUAUUAUCAUGGAGGAGCUCAAGACAGGACCGUUGCCACCAGCGCAGGCGAAAGCAGCAGCUGCAGCGGCAGGGCCUUCAACACCGGUGCUGCCCUGCGUCGGCACCUCUAACGGCGAGAGGACAGCAGCGACCGCGUUGCCAGGGGGGAACGAGGGUGACGUGUCCUCUGGGCACCCCCACAACUCACUCAGCUUCGCGUCUUCAUCAGUUGAGCCGGCGAUGUCACUGCCACCGCAGAGGCGGCAACCACCGGAGCCGUCCGCGCCAUCGACUGGCGGCGCUGCAACGGCGGCGGCAAGAGCCCAGGCGCAGCUGCGCAUCUCCUUCGAGAUCUACCCAGCACACCUGUUCUACUCCUUAAUCUUCCGCGCGGCAGUGCUGCAGGAGAAGGACUGGGCGCUGCGACGCGCUGCUGCUGAGCUCUUUGGCGGUUCUGCGGAGAUCGAAGGCAGCGGCACGAGCCUUGGCACCAGCACAGCGGCUAACAGCGGUGCCGGUGGCAAUGUUGGAGCUGCGCUGGGGUCGCCUCUGUCACUCGCACGCGCGCUGUCUUUCACUUUCGGUGUUCCGGGCUCGGCAGGCGAGUGCCACAACAGCAACAACGCGGUGACCUCCUUUAGCCACCACCCCCCCCACGGCGCGGCCGCCGUGGGGGGCAGCAACGUUGGCUUAGAAAGCUACUGUCUCUCCCCAUUAUCGUCGGGGCACUUCUGUCGAAUGCCGGUCUCCCCAAAACUGACAACGCCGGCGCCGCAUGUGGGUCUCAUCGGUGGUGGCGGUGCGGCCGGGGUUGGCUUUGCCAGUGCAUCCCCUGGGACGGCGGGUGGCACUGUCGCGUCGCCUGUGACCUUGCCACCAUCUGCGCAAUCCCCUGGGGCGGUGACGUCAUCGCCUCAGGUCGUGGUACGCCUCUCUGAGAGGUACAGCUUUCCAGCGCUACCGCCGCAGAUGGUGAUGUCACCGCUUCUAGGGACGCAGUCCGGGCUCGGGGCGCUGCCGGCAGGCUUGAGCGGCGCCGGCGGUAGCGCACUCGCCGGUGUCGGCACCGCCACUGGCGUCAGCGGCACUGCUGCUGCGGGAGCAGCGACGAUGCCGGGCUCUGGACGUCGCAUUAUCUCAGAGAAGGAGGUUCUGUUCUACAUCCACGUGCUGCGUACCCCUGUCGGUGACGGCGUCACUACCACGGCGGUGCCAUCGAGCAGGGCUUCGGAGGUGGAGGAUGUCGCCGUAGGUAUAGAGAGUGCGGCUGCGACGGCAAUGGACGUGCAGCGGAGCGGUGCCAGUCCCGCAAAGCGAAGUCCUCGGACACCGAGUGACAUCCGCGAUGCAGUCCCUGUCCACUGCAGCGGAGAGUAUGCUCUGGAGGACAGUGACGACGACAGCGAGGACCUCACCUUACUGGAGCUGCGACAGCGCGAGGUGGAGUCACAGGUGCUGCUACGCUAUCGCUUCCGUGUAUUCCAGCAAGGCUCUCGCUCCCGCAAGGCCCUCGACGCCAUCGUGCUGUACGCGCAGGACCACGUGGAGCCAUGGUACGAGGAAGCGAAAGCGAUGCUGCAGGCACUGCCGGCCACGAAGAGCUUCCAAGCCUUCUCCUCGUCCUCCACGCCGUUGCCGCAGGGCAACGAGAGCAUCCCUGCACAAUGGCCGUCCGAGAGCACGGGGCGACUGACGUCACUGGGCGGGAGUGGUGAGGCGGCGACGGGCUUUGCCGCCGGCCGCCUGCAGCGCCGUCCCUGUCGGCGGCCGGCGGGACUGACGCUGCUUUCUCUCGGCACAGCGCCGCUGGUGAGAACGCCAGAGCUUGACCGAAUGGACUCCUGCACCACCGCAGCGAGCAGUGGUUUGGUUCAGCUGCCAGCGUGGGCGAUGGAGGUGCUCAUCCGGCGCGAGAGCAUGCGCGAGACGCUGGUGCGAGACCUCAAAGAAAAGGCCUUUCGAGUGUGUGCCGUCCCACUCCCGGACAUGCGGGUGCACUGCAUCCUGCCACCAGCUGUCCCGCGCUACGUCACGGCCCACGCGCGCGGCUUCCCUCUCAGUCGCACUUUUGCUGAGGAGAUUCUCUCGCAGCAGCGUGCGCUACAGCUCAUUUUGCUGCAGCGGGAGGAGGAGAACCAACGCGUCAUCGCCGCGAGAAUUCGUCAGGAGCAGCGCCAGAAGGCGCGCCGGGAACGGAGGCGACGGGCGCAACAAGAGCGACAGCAGCGGAAGGAGAACCUGACCUCCCGGAGGCGCGUGUCAGGCGACGGCGAGAGUCUGAAGGAGCGGUUGACAGGGACGAUGAACCCGGCAGCCCUCGUGUCGCGUGUCGCAUCCAUGGUGAAACACGCCAGCGUGGGGGCCGCCGGUCGUGGCUGCCGUGGCUUAGGCAACGUGCGCUCGCACGAGUCGCCCCCGGGCAGCGAUGGCGUGUGUAAGGCAUGUUCAAGGGCCGACGCAGCUUGCUGGCAAGGGACCUCAGAAGCAGCAGUGCCGCUUGGUGAGUCAGGCGUGUGUACCCAUUCACCAACACGGCGGCGGCGGCAGUACCGACACGACUACUCGGCUUCCAACGGUGGUGUCUACAGCACCUCCUCUUCAGCACGGCCACAGAACGCCGCACCAGAAGGCAACGCGCAAAUUGGCUCUGCCCUUUCCCAAGACGAGCGUGAUCGCGUCGGCUGCGGUGAGGCGGAGCUCAGAGACGCCACCACUAUUGCCGCAGCCCCCCUUGACAAUGCUCAGCAACACCAGUGCUGGACUCAUGAGCCGAGUAGCUCCGGGCAGGUGUGCGUGAUGCAGCGUCCGCCUGGACUCCAGAGCGUGCGCGCUUCCCAUGCCACCGCCGCUGCGAUGUCUGCGCAGAUCUCGCCGCCGACGACGGAGGUGGACAUUAACUUCCUCGGCGGCAGCUCCAACAGCGUCUCCAUUGAGGCUCCCUCUGAUGCUUCGCGGGCAGUGAAUGUAAGCGUCUCAUCCUACGCCGCGGAGAUGGAGCCGCAUUCGAGCGAGCGUGGUGUGGGCUGCGACAAGGGCGGCAACAGUAGCAGCCGCGCGUUCGCCUCAGUUGAAGCGCUAAUUUCUUCACCACCAGCACCGACUUCGUAUACCGGCACGGCCCAAACCAUGCCACUGACGCCACCGAAGGUCUUCUCAGUGUCUCCGCCGCCGCAACCGCUCUCAUCGGCCCCAGAGAACGGUCUCCUGAGCAGCCUACCGACACCGCCGCAAGCCCCUCAGGGACAUCGCGGUGGUAAAACCAGCAGCAGCAGCGCUGCCCGACCAAUUUCUGUGGCGUCUGCAAGCACCACCCGCAACUCCCACUGGACUGCCGUACACACGGCAACCAACGCGAACACUUGUGUCACACCACCGCCUACCUCCUCAGCCACCUCCGGUGCCGGAAGCCCCGCGGCGCCGGUCGACGGUAGCUGCAACAGUGGUGGGCAUGCCACCAGCUCUGUUAGCCACGUUCACGCUCAGGUGACUCCCGCCUCAACGAGCAACACUCUGCAGAGCCACCUCAGUACGUGCCCAGCGACAACACGGGUGACGAUGACGUCGCUCGUUAGUGGGUUCAGCAGCACUACACCCAGCGUUAGCGGCAUGAGCGCCGCCGCCGACUUCCACACUGGCACCAUUUCAACAUCGGAGCGUGACUUUCCGUCGACGUCGCUGCUGCCACCCCCCCUACCGUUGCCUCUGUCCCCAUCGCCACUGCCCACCUUCAGUACCUCUUUUCCCCCCGCGCCUGGUGCGGGCAUCUCCCCCUCCUUGCCCAAGCCGUUCCUGCCAGAUGCAUCCACCGCGGUGUUUGCGACUACGCGCAACGCGAGCCUUGACGCCUCCGCUGGUGGCCAGGAAAACCACCUGGACGCAAACGUGCCGCUGUCGCUGCUGCCGCAGCAGUCACACACCGGUCAGUCGCAUCGCUUGCUGCAGAGCCCGGCGUUGCCCAUCCCCGCCACCUCGCUGCUCAAUGUGGAGGACACAAUGCACCCCUCCGUGGGUGGCGGUGCUGCGCAGAGCAACAUCAGCAACUAUGCCAACACCAGUAGCUUGAGCAACCACCACAAUCACUUGCUAGAGCGACCGGAUGAUGGGGGUGUGCCAGCUGCCUCGCUGACGACCUCGUCGCUCACGAUGCCCAACCACGGCAUGUACGGCACGCUUGACGCGUGCUACAGCCAUAGUGUCGUGACGCCGCAGGCAGUGCUGCUGCGCCAGCAGGUCUGGGCAACUGCAGCCCCCCUCGUGUCCUCAUCGUCCCUGCGGCCGCUAACCCCUCCCCACCACCGAGCCGCCGUCGCCCCCGCCGCUGCCCCCUUCUCAGCAGCCAUGACAGUGGCGGGGGAGAGAGGCGCUCGAAAGGGCGAGCCGCACAACGGCGCGUGCACCAGCGAUCCGGACGUCAGAAGCACCGCCGGUAUGUGCAGCAACGCGGCGUUGCCACGAGCUGUAGGGGCGUCGGCUGGCGCUACUGAAGGUAGUUCGCAACCUCUGCAGGCCUCACGCAGUGGGUCGCGGCGAACCGGCUCUGGGUUACUGCCGUACACGUACUCUGCCGACUCGGUGAGUAGCAUGUAUGGUACGACGCACUACCCGCUCUACCAGUACCCGGAAGGUCCGAACAGCGCAGCCUCAGCGGGGUACAUGGGAGUCGCCCCACCCACGACAUCGAUGCCGGGGGCGGCAGUGAUGGGUGGCAGCGGUGGCGCCCCAGCGGUUGGGCUGGCAGGGUCGAACCAUGCCGGUACUACGGGCCUUUGCGCAUACAACUCUGCUGGCUACAUUCGCAGCCACGCUUUGGGGGCAAGCGCCACUGGCGUUACUCAGGCCUACGCGUCUGCUGGCAGUUCCAUUGCUUUCUCCGGCUGCGGCGGUGGCGACCAUCGUGCAGUGAGCAGCGUCGGCGGGGUGGGUCGCCUCGAAAACUGGAGUUCUCCCUCGCAAUCGCCGCACAUGCCGGACUCGCUGGUGGACAUGAACCCCAACACCAUCGCCCCACCGUCGCUGCCGCACGCGCAGGAUACGCAUAUGAACCGUCUGAAGCAGUGCAACAAGCUCUUGUCCGACCUUCUGGGCGUCGCAGGAGGCCCGAUGCGCAGUGGGAUCUCCUUCUACUACACCUACGGCGAUGCCACGGCACUUCUGUACAACGCGUCCAUCCGGGCCCCCUGCGACGAGAACAUUCUCGAGCUGCUAGAGCAGCGGCAAUGGGUAAAACAGCAGGAGCAGCUUCAGCUAUUACAGACAGACUGCGGCAGCGGCGCCUGCUCCGACUCUGGAGGCGCGGCAGACGGCAGCACGUCUGGCGGCGAUAAGAUAGCAACGGACUCCAGUAGUGGAUGCUACUCAAAGCCUGGCUCAGCGUCGGGUGGCACUGGCGCUUCGCACGUUCCGUUCACCUUAGCCGGAAUUGGGGCCUCUUCUUCCCCAUCAUCUACGCCUCAGCAGCGGACUACGCCCCAGGGCAGCGGCAUCGCGGCUGGCGGAGGUGUAAGUACCAAUGGUCAAAGGGUGCGCAACGCUUGUGAGGCCUUCUCCGCGACCCUCACCGCUGCUGCCCCGGCAUCCGAAGACGAGGGCUGCUCGUACCUUGAUUACGGCGAUCUCGCCGGGCUGCAGGACACGAUGGACGCUCUGGAGGCCGAGCAGAUUGAGGCACAACGGGCACGCAACACGCACUUUUACUCCAUCUUUGAGCACCUCCACCACGCAUACCACGACACGCUGCUGGAGGCAACUGACAGCGGCUCUGCCAAGUCUGUCGGCGUCAGCUCCGUCCCAGCCGCGGCCGCGAGCGGUUCCCUCUACGCGGGGCUCAUCGGUGGUGUUAGGAUGGAGUACUUCUUCCCUUCCACCACGUCUGCUGCAGGGGCAGCGAGUGAGGGGCGGCACGCUGCAUCUCCACACGGCGUUGGCCACGUCGCCGUUCCAGGAAGGAGUACUCCAUCACCUGGCGUGCUGUACGGUGGGGAGGGUGGAGCGGAGGCGACCGACCCACCGCGCUGGCGACAGCGGCUGUGGAGCAGCGUGUGCGGGUUUGUGGUCUGGGUGGGAUCUCUUGUGGGCCUCACGCCCAAGCCGCGCGGCCACUCGACCGCUGUGGGUGGCACCACCGAUAGAACUGCCGCCACGCAGUGGCCCUCGCCACAGCUCACCCCAAGCGGGGCAAAGUUUGGGUUCGAUCUGGCCAGGCUCGCUGAGUACUUCCCGGGGGAACGCAUCGUGACUUUUGGCGACGAGUGGUGCAUCGCCUCGCGGCUCGAUAUGCACAACGGACACUUCGGUCUCUCGCCUCUGCAGGUGUGGAUGGCCACGCGCUACUCGCGUCGCUUCGCCGGCGAGGUGUACCUGAUGGACGUGAUUGCAGCUGGCGGCGACCCGUACUACCCGGCUGUCCGUGUCUUGGAUGAGAUCGUCGCGCAUGCCGUGCUCUACUACCACAACCACAGCCUGCGGGACUUUGUGGAGGACCUGGAAGCGGAGCUGGGGCUUGUGUACGCGCCCCAGACGCUCUGGGGCAGGCGCGCGCUGGGGCUGCCAGAUAACGAAGCAGAAGUGCAGGAGCUGGAUGGGCUUCUGUACACUGCCACUCGACGCCGGCAAGACCGCAGUCGUCGUCAACGCGCACAGCGCAAAGACGGGCAACGCCGCCGCUGUAGCGACGGCGCUGCCAGCGCUUCUGUGAAGGAUCGCGCGGCGACGUCGCGAAUUCCGCCACCUGCCACGGCGAGUGCAUUACGCUCGACUGCCACUGAUCGACUUCACACUGAUGGGGGGCCGCCGUCGACAUGUGCGACACCCGCUGCCGACGCGGUGCGCGACGGUGAAAGGAAAGGAGGUCUGAUGGUCGGGAGCCACCGAGACGGACGCUGCUCUUCUAGUCCCCAAACUCAGAGGAUGAACGGCGCGACUACGCAGGGAGGCAACGGCGCCAGUGAUGCUCGGACAGUGCUACCGGGUUCGGUGAGCGAUGGCGACGAUGUUUCGUCUGUCGCGGUGACCGCGGCAACAAUGACGCCCCACCGCCCCACGCCUCUUCAGGAGCAUAACUGUCUUCGGCGCCACGAUAAUGACCGCCUCGAGGAUGAAGAGAUGGCCGAGUACACCUGGAUCCAACUACAGGGAAAGGACCAGGAGGAGGACGAGGAGGUAUUCUACGGCGCAACUGCGGCGGCCGCCGUGGGGUUUGGCGGUGGAGACAUCAACAUCGCGCCACACGUAUACGACGCAGUGAUGGAGCGCGAGAUGUAUGACGAGCGCAUGCUGCUGCGCGAGCUGGACUACUUGAAAGAGUUCCUCGUCGACAAUCGUAACGUCCUGUCGUCGGCGAUGCUCACGACGGCUGGUUCGAACUCGCUCGAGGCUGUCUUUGGUGUCCCGGCGACGGUAUUUCCCUUCUUGCUGUGCGCGCGCGAGAGCGUGCCGUUCAUCGCCUCCAUCUUCGAGUCCCUUUCGUAUCACUACGGUCCCCUCACUUACGACAGCUUCUCCAAGUACACCUACGAUGUCUACCACCGCGACCGGCUAGACGUGCUGCGCCACACGCCUCGCAUGUUCCGCAUGGUCAACAAGAGUCGCCGCGGCUGCAUAACGUAUGAGGAGCUCUGUCGAUGGAUGGCGCGGAAGCUCAGCUGCGGCAACAACGUUCAGCCCAACCGGCACCUGGUGGCAACAAGUAUGUCGCUGCGGCUGCCGCUCGCCCUCGUGGCCGAGUCGCGCGACGAGUGGGAUGCGUACCGGUGCGUUCUCAAGUCUCUCUCCGACGGCGAGGACGAGGAGUACUGA